AUGCACCAUGUUACGUUCUCUUUCGGCUGCCAUCAUGGUAGGUUGGAGUUUGAGCGUAGGAUAGUGUCGAAGAAAUCCGCUAUAAUCUUUGCAUCUGUGUCAUCAUCGAUGUUAUCGUUAAUUUAAUUGUUGUUUCUUAAGAUGUGAGAAGUGAUCUCUGCCUUUAUUUCGUAAAUUUGCACACUGUGCAAAGUAUUCAAGCGAGUUAAUAAAUGUACAGUCGAACGUUACGGAUUUCGAAGAAUAUAGGUUUCUACUUUGAAUUUUUGCAUUUCUCAGGCGUUUGAAAAAAAAAGAAUUUUCUGAACAGCAAGACUAAACUUACAAGUUCUCAUUUGGCUGUGGAAAUGUCAGAAAUUUCGCGAAUGUUAUUCGAUGUCGUUUUACUUUCGAAUUGUUAAUACUACUAUCAUUAUUGAUGUAAACGAAGAUGGUUAACUUUUUAGUGAUGUCAUUAUAACUAAUUUCAAUGUCCUCACGUUAAAAUAUUUAUUUUCGCAUAGGCCCUUGUAAUUCCCGAGAAGUUUCAGCAUAUUUUGCGUGUACUGAACACCAACAUCGAUGGAAAACAAAAAAUUAUGUUCGCACUAACUUCCAUCAAGGUCAGUGGAUAAAACAGGAGAAGAUGGCAAGAUUUUCAUGCAAUCCCAUUCUUCAUUAUGCGUACAGAGAGACUAUGGCUUUGUUAUGGAAGAGUGUGGGCUUGUGUGGAAAUCUUACCGAGAACAUAAAUGUUCUUUAUUUGGAAUUAGUGUUGUACGGUGUGAAGAUCUAGUGUCGCAUUUGAAGAGGGCCAUAAGCAGAGUUACAUUGUAUAGUAAUCAUUAUGGAAUUUCUACAUCAGAAGCAUGGUGAACUGUGACCACUAGAAAUAUUCUGGGGAUGUUUUUAUGUCUUGAAGAAAAAGCCAACUAGCUGUUGCUCUAAUAACAGUGGUAAUCAAUUUGUUGUAAACUUUUUUGUGAUUGUUCAGUAUGCAGUGGACUUGUCAAAGGCAAACAAACUUUUUCAGGGAGUCAUGAGUUUUACAGUUUCCACAGUCCCUUGUUAAUGGUAGUUUCCUUAUGUUUACUCUAAGUUUUUCUUUGUUUGUCCCUUGUGUUUACUAACAUUGUGAUGAAAAAGUGACAUUGUAGUGUGUGCUACAUUAGUACUGUGCAACAAACAUGAGGAAAUUGAAAUUUCUUGCAGGGUGUGGGACGAAGGUAUGCCAACCUUGUGUGUAAGAAGGCUGACGUUGAUAUGAACAAACGUGCUGGAGAGCUCACAGAUGAUGAGGUAAAACUUCAUGGACAGAAUUAUUAAAAUUUUCAUUGCCACAGGGUUUUUAGACUGAAAAAAAAAAAGUAGCUGGAUAACAAUUGUAUAGGAAGAGGAGAAUAUUCAGUUUAUCAGGAUGAAAAAUAAGUGAGGCUGUUAUAAUGAAUUUAACAAGAUAAUACUGUGUAAUAGCCAGAGAAUUCUUUGUUCUCUGAUAUAUAUUAACAUCCUGUAGUCAAAUGUUUUUAUUUGCUUAUUAGUAACUGAUAAUGGCUUGACAUUACCAGAGGUUUUUCACUGUGAGGUCUCAACAGUGUAUAUUUUCAUUAAUUCAUGCAGAAGCAUAUUAGACUUACAGUUCUAGUUUGCUUUGCACCACACAAAUCUCUGUCUAGUUGAUAACCAUUAAAUUGUCCUACUCAGCAAUCAAUUAUUUAUCCAGUAGGUUGUGGUUUUCAGCUUUAAAUAAACCUGACCUGAGCAUAAUUUUCAAACUACAAUUGUGAACUGAAUUAUCUGACUUCUGUUCGUGACAGUAGUUAGUAUAAACUUAAAUCAAUUGGAUACAAUGAGGUAAAAUUGGUUAUUAUUAUUGUUAUUUGCUAAGAGGUUACUGUACAUGGGUAAAAGUAGCUUCUGUUUGGCUGCAGGUGGAGCGAGUGGUAACUAUCAUGCAGAACCCACGCCAGUACAAGAUUCCUGAUUGGUUUCUUAACAGGCAGAAGGACAUCAGAGAUGGCAAGUACUCACAGGUAUGGAAAAUUGAACUGAACUGGAAUUUAAUCUUUAAGGGUUUUAUAGAAGGGUUUCAUUUGAUGUUGUAAUUUGUGUUUUAGAUCCUUGCCAACAAUCUUGAGAGCAAGCUCCGUGAUGAUUUGGAAAGGUUAAAGAAGAUCCGUGCUCAUCGUGGGCUCCGUCAUUACUGGGGGUAUGUUUUGAUUUGAGUUUUGUGGAUAUCAUUAUGACUAUGCUCAUAGGGCUCAUCUGGUACCAACACUACUCAGAGCUCAAUUGGCCAUUUUAGAUAUCUUAAGAAUUUAAAGAUAUCAAAAUGGCCUAUUACACUGGCAUUCAACAAUUUAAUCUCUGACAAAGUCAUUUAUACUUUUCCUGGACUGGUGGACAAGUUGUAGAUGAAAUGUACACUGGUUAUAAAUUUCUGUAGAAGCUGUACAAAUGUUCUAUUUCCAUGUUAUGUCAUAUAACUUUCAGUGGUAGGAGUAUGCCAAUCCACCCAUAUCCUAAUCUAUAUCAAAGUUGUAGAAGAGUUCUUCUGGCUGAAUGGCUGUUCCCAUUGAUUGCCGUUCUCUCUAAUCACUUUUUUUUUCAUGUAACGGAAAUGAAUUAAAAGGAAGCACUGAAUUAAAAAGGCGUAGAAUAACAGAUGUUCCUUCUUUUUUUUUUCCAGUCUGCGUGUGCGCGGUCAGCACACCAAGACCACUGGUCGCAAGGGUAGAACUGUUGGUGUGGCCAAGAAGAAGAACUAA